CAUAAACCACAAAAUAAAUAAUGACAAAUGUAAAAUUUCAACAAUGUUUAUUGUUACAAAACAAAUAGAUAGUGAAAAUAUCAGUAAACUAUGUCGAACUUGUUUAAGAGAAGAUGGAAAAAAAAUGAUUUGUCUAUUUGUUGGUCCAGCUGAGACGUCACUUGCUGCGAAAUUACGAUCUUUGUCUUGUUUAGAGGUGUGGCAGGGAGAUGGAUUGCCGGAAAAAUUAUGCGACCGCUGCGUGACAAGAGCAGAGUCAGCUCUUUUAUUUCGAGAGCAGUGCCGAGCAGCUGACAGAGCAUUGCGACAAGCAGCAGCGCGGGUUUCAGGACUCGCAAAUUAUACUACUGUAUCAGGCUGCAAAUUGUAUCAGCAGAAUCACGGAUUAACUCCUAUAGAAAGCUCUCAAAAAACACUAAAAUGCAGCGACUGUGGUGCUGUGUUUAUGAACUAUCAAGAAUUACAAACUCACAGUCGCUUGCACAAUCCUUUUGCUCCAGACGCGGGUUCUCUUUCGCACAUGCACAUCGUCGAGGAACAAAAUCCGUACUUUAAUUCAGAAAGUUCAUCGGUAAUUGACAAUAAUCAUGAAUCAAUUGUCAAUUUAAGUAGACCAAGUUUAAGUCCAUUGCCAGCAGCAGAAUUAUCAAGAAAAAAUGACAGACCAGCAUGCGCUCUUCAUUGCUCUCUAUGUAACCACACAUUUCCUGACAGAAAUCAACUGAUCAGUCAUAAUUUAUCUCACUGUGCUAAUAAUGAAGACACUUCUUGCGACAGCAUAGAAAUUGGAGAUGAUUCUAAUCCGAUUGCGGAAAAUUUGAGUUUUCAGGCAAUUGAUCUUGCUUAUCCGCGACACAAUCCAUCAAUUGACUUCAAUUAUUCCGAAAAUUUAAACCUUGCGUCUGACCCAACAAGCAACAAUUUAGUGAGCACAAAUUUGGAGAUACAAAAUUCUUCCUCUAAUUUAUCAGAUCACAUUAUUUCAUUUCCGAGAUUUUCUGAUCAACUGAACAAUGAAGAAAAUUUAGCAAGUAAUGGAAAUUUGCCUGUACAAAUUAAUUCUGAACAUGAGCUUGAUAAAAAGCACAAGUGCUUGACAUGCAAUAAAACUUUUGCGCAAAAAUCGAAAUUAAAAACUCACGAAUUGUCUCAUACUGGCGAAAAACCAUUUCGGUGCGUCAAUUGUGACAAAGCUUACACUUCAAAGAGUAAAUUAAACGCUCAUAUGAGAUUACAUACUGGAGCUAACGUUCAUAGGUGUGAUGUUUGUCAAAAAACUUUUUCUUAUCCUUCUUAUUUGGUAGAACAUUUAAAAACUCACAGUAUUAAUAAUAAAAAUAAGAUUAAAAAUAAUGGGAAUAUUGACUUGAAUUCAGAAAAAUUCGAGUGUUCAAUUUGUGGCAAAAAAUUUCGUAUAAAAAAAAAUUUACGGCUACAUUUAAAAUUACACAGUGGAAAAGAUUUAUUUAACUGUGAAAUUUGUGAUAAAGUAUUUAGUCAAAAGUAUAAUCUUAAAGUUCAUAUGAGAAUUCACAAGGGAAUAAAAAUCCACAAGUGCGAGUAUUGUAGCAAGUCUUUCAGUGAAAAGGGUAAUUACAAAGAACACUUGAGAAUACACACUAAAGUUAAGCCAUUUGUGUGUAAAUUAUGUAAUAAAGCUUUUUCACAAUCUAGUCACUUAAAAAAUCAUGAAGCUUCUCAUGACAAUCAACGACCUUAUCAGUGUCGAUUAUGCGGUAAAAGGUUUAAAUUGUCAUCACAUUUAAAAAGACAUGUUAAUUUACAUACGUCAGUUAAAAAUUUCAAAUGUAUGCAGUGUGAUCAAAUGUUUACUCAGGCUUUCAGUCUUAAAAGACAUUUAAAAAAACAUAAUGAUGUUACUUGAUUUUUUUUUAUUGUUAAAAAUUUUUUAACUACAUUUU